AUGCCGUCCUCGCCGUCGCGGCCGCCGGCGGCGGAGGAGGUCUCCGACGAUGAGAUGUCCGACGGAGAGGUACCGCCUCGCCAGUCCGCGGCGUCCUUAGUCAGGGGAGUGGCGAACCGCGCCGCGCCGGGCUCGGCCGGCGAAGAGGAAGAGGAGAUUUACAACGACGACGACGACGAGAGCUCCGAUUACGACAACUCCUACGACGACGACGACGAAUCCGAUGAGAGCGGCUCGUACUACGAAGACGGCGAGGAGGAGGAGGAGGAGGGCGCCCGCGGGGACAGGGCCUUCGGGCGCGCGGAGGAGGAGGAGGCUGCGCCGGCCGGCGUGGGCGGCGGCGCGGAGGCGGAGGGGAGUUCCCGGGCGGCGGCCACCUGCUGCAUCUGCAUGGAUUCCUGGGCCUCCUACGGCGCUCACCGCAUCUGCUGCAUUCCCUGUGGACAUGUCUACGGCAGAUCCUGCUUGGAGAGGUGGCUGCGCCGCGGCGGCAACACGAGCGCCAAGUGCCCUCAGUGCAGUGAAAGGUUCAAGCACAGGCACAUCAUCAAUCUCUACUCGUCGUCGGUGCAUCUCUGGAACGAUUGCUGCCUCAAAGAGGUUGCGCUUUCUUUGCCUGUUCCUCUGUUGUAUCGCUUCUGUUCAGUGAAGAACGAUUUAUUGGUCGCCAACUGCAGAUUUGAUACGACCAAGAGUUACGUUGUCGUACCAUUCCAUCUCUGCUUCUUAGACUUUAUGUCAUGUUUCUAUGGGAUGGAUACGUGUUGUUUGGCACUGCACUUUUUAGCUUAUGACCAAAAUAGUAGUAUCAUCUUGCAUUUCCUCUACCAUUUCCCGUUCUCAAUUGUUAGAUUGUUACUGGUAUUUUGA